GAGAGAGAGAGAGAGAGAGAGAGAGAGAGCUGAAACAAGAAGAAAGACAAAAAUGGGAUACAGAGAAACAGCAGAAGAAGACGACCAUGAAACGAUGUCGUUGCGGUGCGAGAAACCAAACCCAAAGACCAGCCCUUUACCGCCAUCGAAGCGGCGGACGGCUAGGUGGUCAGACAUCUGGCUCAAGAACACCACCCCUCUCAAGAACAUGAUCUUCGCUAUGCAGCUGGCCUCGCCCAAUCCGAAAUCCACCCACAAAACCCUGAUCCCUAAUUGGGCAAACAUUGACCGGACUUCCGUAUUGUCCGACGAAAUCCUCCUCAAGAUCCUCGCCAAGCUGCCGGAAUCGCAGCGGAAGCCUAGCUCCGUCGUCUGCAAGCGGUGGCUCAACCUCCACGGCCGCCUUGUACGGUCAAUCAAGAUCUUGGACUGGAACUUUCUCCAAUCGGGUCGGUUAAUUUCGCGGUUCCCCAACCUGAAUCAGGUGGAUCUUCUAUCUGGGUCGUUGAUUCCGGACCAAAAUUCGGGCAUUUCGUUGAGUUGUAGGAUGUUGUCGGUGCAUACCGGCUCCGGGUUUUCGCCGAAUCAGCGAGUUUUGGAAUCGAAUUUGCUUCCAGCUGAAGUUGUUGACAGGGGGCUUGAUGGGCUGGCGAGUGGAUGCCCCAACUUGCGGAAGCUUGUGGUGAUUGGCGCUAGUGAAUUAGGCCUGCUGAGUGUGGCGGAGGAGUGCCCCACAUUGCAAGAACUGGAACUGCACAAGUGCAGUGACAAUGUGCUGCGUGGGAUUGCGGCGUGUGAGAAUUUGCAGGUGCUGAAGCUGGUUGCAAAUGUGGAUGGACUUUACAGUUCAGUGGUUUCGGAUAUCGGGUUGACAAUUUUAGCUCAAGGGUGUACUAGACUGGUAAAGCUUGAGCUUUGGGGAUGUGAGGGAAGCUAUGAUGGGAUUAAGGCAAUUGGGCAGUGUUGCCAAAUGUUGGAGGAGCUGACUUUCUGUGAUCACAGGAUGGAUGGUGGCUGGCUGGCCGCGCUUCCCUAUUGCGAAAAUUUGAAGACUUUGAGGUUUCAGUCGUGUAAGAGGAUUGAUACUGUUCCAGGGCCGGACGAGUACUUGAGUGCUUGUCCGGCUCUGGAAAGGUUGCAUUUGGAGAAAUGUCAGCUGAGGGACAAGAAGAUCGUGAGAGCUUUGUUUAUGGUGUGUAGAGCUGCGAAGGAGAUUGUUUUUAAGAACUGUUGGGGAUUGGAGAAUGAUAUGUUCAGGCUAGCAAGCACUUGCAGGAGAGUGAAGUUGCUAUCACUAGAAGGAUGCUCAGUGCUAACAACAGAGGGUCUGGAGUCUGUAAUUCUUGCCUGGAAGGGGCUCGAAUGUCUUCGAGUUGCAUCGUGCAAGAACUUAAAGGACAAGGAGAUAUCUCCUGCACUCUCAACCUUGUUUUCUACCCUCAAAGAGCUGCAAUGGAGACCGGAUACCAAAUCUCUUCUCCCGUCGAGAAUUAAUGGAACCACCAUAGGAAAGAAAGGCAGUAGAUUUUUCAGGAAGACGCGAGAUUUGAAGAUGCUGUUCGAUGAUCAGAAUCCGCUCCUUGAAUUUAUCCACAGAUGAGAUGAUCAUCAAUGAUCUCUUGUAUGAAGAAUGUAUGAGUAUGCAGAGGAAGAUUGUUGUUGGUUUUAAUCUUCCACAAUGAGGAAACAGCCCAGGUUGUACAAUUAUAUUACAGUUUGCCCUACCCACUUCUCCCCUAGUGAAUGUUGGGCAAACCCGUUUCUCCAUAACCUUAAUUUUAUGGUACAAAUGUUUUACUU